AUGCGUUGCCGGCGGAACAGCUUAUUCGAUAGUGAACCCCUUGUUCAGAAUUCGCACGUGGAGGGGGGGGGGGGGGGGGGGGGGGGGGGGGGGGGGGGGGGGGGGGGGGGGGGGGGGGGGGGGGGGGGGGGGGGGGGGGGGGGGGGGGGGGGGGGGGGGGGGGGGGGGGGGGGGGGGGGGGGGGGGGGGGGGGGGGGAGGGGGGGGGGGGGGGGGGGGGGGGGGGGGGGGGGGGGGGGGGGAGGGGGGGGGGGGGGGGGGGGGGAGGGGGGGGGGGGGGGGGGGGGGGGGGGGGGGGGGGGGGGGGGGGGGGGGGGGGGGGGGGGGGAGGGGGGGGGGGGGGGGGGGGGGGGGGGGGGGGGGGGGGGGGGGGGGGGGGGGGGGGGGGGGGGGGGGGGGGGGGGGGGGGGGGGGGGGGGGGGGGGGGGGGGGGGGGGGGGGGGGGGGGGGGGGGGGGGGGGGGGGGGGGGGGGGGGGGGGGGGGGGGGGGGGGGGGGGGGGGGGGGGGGGGGGGGGGGGGGGGGGGGGGGGGGGGGGGGGGGGAGGGGGGGGGGGGGGGGGGGGGGGGGGGGGGGGGGGGGGGGGGGGGGGGGGGGGGGGGGGGGGGGGGGGGGGGGGGGGGGGGGGGGGGGGGGGGGGGGGGGGGGGGGGGGGGGGGGGGGGGGGGGGGGGGGGGGGGGGGGGGGGGGGGGGGGGGGGGGGGGGGGGGGGGGGGGGGGGGGGGGGGGGGGGGGGGGGGGGGGGGGGGGGGGGGGGGGGGGGGGGGGGGGGGGGGGGGGGGGGGGGGGGGGGGGGGGGGGGGGGGGGGGGGGGGGGGGGGGGGGGGGGGGGGGGGGGGGGGGGGGGGGGGGGGGGGGGGGGGGGGGGGGGGGGGGGGGGGGGGGGGGGGGGGGGGGGGGGGGGGGGGGAGGGGGGGGGGGGGGGGGGGGGGGGGGGGGGGGGGGGGGGGGGGGGGGGGGGGGGGGGGGGGGAGGGGGGGGGGGGGGGGGGGGGGGGGGGGGGGGGGGGGGGGGGGGGGGGGGGGGGGGGGGGGGGGGGGGGGGGGGGGGGGGGGGGGGGGGGGGGGGGGAGGGGGGGGGGGGGGGGGGGGGGGGGGGGGGGGGGGGGGGGGGGGGGGGGGGGGGGGGGGGGGGGGGGGGGGGGGGGGGGGGGGGGGGGGGGGGGGGGGGGGGGGGGGGGGGGGGGGGGGGGGGGGGGGGGGGGGGGGGGGGGGGGGGGGGGGGGGGGGGGGGGGGGGGGGGGGGGGGGGGGGGGGGGGGGGGGGGGGGGGGGGGGGGGGGGGGGGGGGGGGGGGGGGGGGAGGGGGGGGGGGGGGGGGGGGGGGGGGGGGGGGGGGGGGGGGGGGGGGGGGGGGGGGGGGGGGGGGGGGGGGGGGGGGGGGGGGGGGGGGGGGGGGGGGGGGGGAGGGGGGGGGGGGGGGGGGGGGGGGGGGGGGGGGGGGGGGGGGGGGGGGGGGGGGGGGGGGGGGGGGGGGGGGGGGGGGGGGGGGGGGGGGAGGGGGGGGGGGGGGGGGGGGGGGGGGGGGGGGGGGGGGGGGGGGGGGGGGGGGGGGGGGGGGGGGGGGGGGGGGGGGGGGGGGGGGGGGGGGGGGGGGGGGGGGGGGGGGGGGGGGGGGGGGGGGGGGGGGGGGGGGGGGGGGGGGGGGGGGGGGGGGGGGGGGGGGGGGGGGGGGGGGGGGGGGGGGGGGGGGGGGGGGGGGGGGGGGGGGGGGGGGGGGGGGGGGGGGGGGGGGGGGGGGGGGGGGGGGGGGGGGGGGGGGGGGGGGGGGGGGGGGGGGGGGGGGGGGGGGGGGGGGGGGGGGGGGGGGGGGGGGGGGGGGGGAGGGGGGGGGGGGGGGGGGGGGGGGGGGGGGGGGGGGGGGGGGGGGGGGGGGGGGGGGGGGGGGGGGGGGGGGGGGGGGGGGGGGGGGGGGGGGGGGGGGGGGGGGGGGGGGGGGGGGGGGGGGGGGGGGGGGGGGGGGGGGGGGGGGGGGGGGGGGGGGGGGGGGGGGGGGGGGGGGGGGGGGGGGGGGGGAGGGGGGGGGGGGGGGGGGGGGGGGGGGGGGGGGGGGGGGGGGGGGGGGGGGGGGGGGGGGGGGGGGGGGGGGGGGGGGGGGGGGGGGGGGGGGGGGGGGGGGGGGGGGGAGGGGGGGGGGGGGGGGGGGGGGGGGGGGGGGGGGGGGGGGGGGGGGGGGGGGGGGGGGGGGAGGGGGGGGGGGGGGGGGGGGGGGGGGGGAGGGGGGGGGGGGGGGGGGGGGGGGGGGGGGGGGGGGGGGGGGGGGGGUGGGGGGGGGGGGGGGGGGGGGGGGGGGGGGGGGGGGGAGGGGGGGGGGGGGGGGGGGGGGGGGGGGGGGGGGGGGGGGGGGGGGGGGGGGGGGGGGGGGGGGGGGGGGGGGAGGGGGGGGGGGGGGGGGGGGGGGGGGGGGGGGGGGGGGGGGGGGGGGGGGGGGGGGGGGGGGGGGGGGGGGGGGGGGGGGGGGAGGGGGGGGGGGGGGGGGGGGGGGGGGGGGGGGGGGGGGGGGG